AUGAAUCGUCUUUUCGGUACUUCUAAAUAAGAACCACCAAAAUAAUAACAACCACAACCUCAAAAUCCCCAAUAACCUAAGGUUAUAGACUUAUCAGAACAAUAAAAAAGAGUAAAAUUCACUUAUUAAUGAAGUCUGAAGCUAAAGUUAAAGAAUUGACUGAAUAAAUCUAAGAAUUAGAUAAAUAGAUAUGUGAACAAUAUUAAAAAGCUAAAACCUCUAAGGGAGUAUAACAAACUACUGCUAAAUCAAGAGCAGUAAUGCUUCUCAAGAGAAAGAAGAUGUAUCUACUUUACUUAAGAUUAGGUUGGAACAAUAAUUAGGAUAAAUGCUAAAUAAUUAAAUGACCUUAGAUUAAGUGGCUUUUACUAAAGAGAACAUUUAAAACACAAUAGAAAUGGUAUUUUAUUCAUUUUUAUGAAAGGCUCAAGCUAUGUAAUAAGUUGUAGCUGUUUAGAAAGAAGCAUUCAAAGAAAUUGAUAUGGACAAAUUGGAUGGUAUAGUUUUUAAUUAAUAUCAAUAGAUCUCAUGGAUGAUAUGGAGGAUAUGAAGUUUGAAACAGACUACAUGAACGAAAUGAUGAAUAGAAAUUAUUCAUGUGAUAUUGAUGAAAGUGAAUUAGAUAGAGAAAUGGCAGAAAUCGAAAAUGACAUGAAUCUCAAUUCAUUUUAGCCUUAAUAAUAGUAACAAUAAGGUUCCUAUUAAGUAUUACAUUUAAAUUAUAAUGUAGAGUUAAACAGGUUAAAAACAAGUUUAUAAUACUUUAACCAAUUGAU